AAAUGGGCAAAUGCGCACUUACGCACAUACACCCAUACGUAUAAUCGCACCAGCGCAUCGGCGCGUGAACGUACUUCCCCCUAGCACAUAUGUAUGUGCCUGCCCAGGGAGCUCUACCCAUCGGAGGCGCUUCCCUGUAACUCAGUUUGCCGCUCUUCUGGGCGCCCUACAAACGGCCAACCCCGAAAAUGACGGGCAAACGGGAGAUCGAAGAAUUCCUCAUGCAUAUUGCACAGAGGAUGCAACGGAGGACAUGGCCCAGUACUAUUUGGAAAUGUGCAACGGGAACUGCAACGACGCUCUACAGCUGUACUACGAAAUAAACGGAGGGCCCCCUACCCAGGGGGGACAGCCCAAGGAGACUACUACAGAUGGAGACGCCACACAAGUAGGCAGUCACCAGAAACAAAGUCGAGUGGAAGAAAGUUGCAGCACCCAGGGGGAUGACAGCGUGAGGGAGCCAGACAAGCAUUUUAACCAAGCGUUAAUUCACGACAUGGAUGACGCAAACUUUUUGCACAUAAAUGCAAAGAAUAAAAAUGAGAAAAAAAAGGAAAUGGAAUUGGGGGACACGUUUGGCAAGCUGUUUUCUGCUCCCACCUCUCUCAUCUGCUCACUCUCUUUGGAAGAGGCAAGGAAAAAGGCGAAAGCGGAAAACAAGUACAUUCUUGCGAGCAUCCAAGAUUCGGAAUUUGACUCGCUGAAGUUGAAUAGGGAUAUUUGGAACAACGAAAUGGUGCAGGACAUAAUAAAGGACUUCUUCAUUUUCUGGCUGCGCCACGAGCACGACCAGGACGCGCUCCUCUUCACCAGCACCUACAAGGUCACGAAGCUGCCGCACAUCUGCGCCCUGUGCAAACGGACCGGGCGGAAGAUAAAAGUGUGGAACAUCAAAAACUUCCAGGACCCCAUAUGUGCCCAGUCCCAGCUGUACGAGUUUAUCGAGAUGAUGGUUUCGCGAAGUGAGGCAGGGCCACUGGCAGGAGCAGCUGCGGGAGGGGGGGCAGCUGGAGGGGCGGAGAGCAAAGGCGCCCACCCGUUUGAACUCCCCAACGAGGUAGCCCCAACUGGAGCAAAUCACAACAACAUGUGCAGCGCCGUUCAGGCAAAUGGAUCCUUUAACCCUUUGAAAGGGACGCCCCCCCCGGGGGCAGGGGAAGCCCAGGCGGUAGAUAGCAAACGUAAAGGUAGUGGCAGCCCCGAAGGGUCUCUGAAAGCAACGGAUGAACCAACAGCCGAGGGUGGAAAAAACACAGUGGAGUAUAACCAAAUAAAUAACGAGCUGUCGGAGCUGCACAAAUUGAGGCUGCAGCGCUUUCGGAAGGGGUAG